AUGACAAAAGACGACAAAGAGUUUUCGUUUGAAAUUGAAAUGUUUAGGAAACUUAAAGAUCUUUGGGAUAAGAAUCUAAGGCAUUCUAAUUUAUUUUCGGCAUAUGAAAAAAAGGCAAGGAAGAAAAAAAAAAAACAACACGCAAAGAUCCCGAUGAAGCAACAACAAGAAAUACGCGAUGCCAUCAUCAACGCAAUGAAAAAAAAAUGCCUCCAAGGCAGACAAGAGGAUGGACAUAAAGGAAGAUUGAAACGAAGACGAGUAAUCGAGAUCAAGAUUUUGCUGAUAGCGAAGUGGAAUGUUUAUGGAAUGGAGAAACAUCGCAGAAAUGUUGUUUUUAUUAUGAAUGUUCUCAAGUUUCAUAUGACUUCAAGUUACAAUAUUGUUUCGAGUGAUUCAUCAGAAAAGUUUUAUUUUUUAGAAAAAUCAAUUAAAACAACUUCUGUAAGAGUUAAAUCAUGUCUCAGAAGCGACAUUUCAUUUGUUGAGGGUGAAUAUCAUUAUCGGCACAUCCGUAAUGUUUCAAACAAACAACCUGUAUGA